AUGGGUUGGACCUCCAGCUGUGAUCCAGACGUCUUCCCCCAGUCCAGCACCAACCAAGACCCGCAAGUCUCUGAAGUCACCGCUGCCACAUCACAGCAACAAACACGGAGCAAAACUUCUCUUCUGCUCAAAAUUCAGGGGCCUCAGACCUGUCUCUCUCCUCAGGGGUCUCAGACUGGGACCAUGGCGAAGGAGCCGCUGUCGGACGCCGGCUUUUACUUCGAUGACUUGAACAAACUGCGUGUCCUGGAUCCAGAGGUGACUCACAGCACGAGUGAACUGAAAGAGGAGUGCCGAGACUUUGUGGACAAGAUUGGACAGUUCCAGAAGACAGUGGGAGGACUCAUGGAGCUGGUGGACACUUUGGCCAAAGAAGCAGAGACUGAGAAGAUGAAGGCCAUCGGGGCUCGGAACCUGCUGAAGUCUGUGGCCAAACAGAGAGAAGCACAACAGCAACAGCUGCAGGCGCUGAUCACAGAGAAGAGAAUGCAGCUGGAGAGGUACAGGAUCGAGUACGAGGCUCUGUCCAAAGUGGAGUCAGAGCAGAGCGAGUUCAUCGACCAGUUCAUUCUGCAGAAUUUAAACCCAACAACAAUGCCUCUGGUGGGAGCAGAGCUGGUCCACACUCCUCCUCAGCUUUACAGAUAUCUGCUGAGAUGUUGUAAACUGCUGCCCUCUGCUGCCAUGCAACAGCACUACAAGCACGCCAUCCGACAGGGCUUCACCAGUCACACUGACGAGGACGAUCCAGAGAGAGUCCAGAGCAUCAUCCACAGAGCCAUCGCUGACGCAGACUGGGUCCUGAGCAAGUAUGUGAAAAAAUCCUGA